UGCCAGUGAGUCCGGGCCACCCAACACAUCCCCAUGGCCACCUCACAACAAACCAGCGUCAGCAGCAAAGAUGCCCCCACCAACCCGCGAGGAAUCCCGUACGCGCCCUUCGUCGACCGCGUGGAGGACUACGUCGCCUCGCGCGCAGAAGUCGAGGGCGCACUCAAGAACUUUCAGGAGAUGAUUUCUAAGUACCAAUUCAUGCAAGCCAAUACUGAGCGGCGCGCGCUUGGGCUGAAGGAUAAAAUCCCGGAUAUUCAGAAGACGCUUGAGACGGUGGAGUUUUUGCAGAGGCGGACGACCGAUUCAGAACCCUUGGAAGCAACGUUCGAACUCAACGACACCCUCUUCGCCAAAGCCGCGAUUGCGCAGACGGAAGAGGUGUACCUUUGGCUUGGCGCAAACGUCAUGCUCUCCUACACCCUCCCGGAAGCGCUCGAACUGCUGCAAUCGAAGCUGAGCGCGGCGCAGACGAGUCUAGAGACGUGCGAAGAGGAUUUGGAUUUUUUGCGCGAGCAGAUCACCACAAUGGAAGUCGCCACCGCGCGCGUGUACAACUGGGAUGUAGCGGAAAGGCGAAAGGAAAAGGGCGCGGACUCGGCGUCAAACGGGAAGAAAGCGAGUCCAAAUGGGUAAAUGCAUAGUCCGUCUCACGACACAGCGUUCCUCUUAGCCAUACUUGUCCAGCGCAGAGUCGAUACAGAUACCCAGGCAGAAGAAAGGCGAGAG